AUGUCUGGAUUUUCAGUAGCUGAUUUAAUCAAACCCACUCUAGAAACAUUGAAUUCAUCUGAAGAAAAUGAAUUCAUUAAAGAAACUAAGAAAAGAAAUAUCGAUGAAAAGAUACCUUGUCAAAAUAUCAAUAUCAGCUAUAAUAAACAUGACCGAUUAAUUAAUAUUGAUACAUUGAACACAUUUGAACAAAAUCAACAUUUAAUGCACAAAAUAAAUCCAAUCAAAAAUGAUAAUGUUAAAAAAAGUAGAAUUGAAAUUAAUUACACUACUAAAUUAUCUAAUCAGACUACUAAUGAGAGUUUAAUGAAUAGUUCAGAAAUUAUAACAACUUCAUUACAAUCUAAUUCACAAAUAAAGUUGAAUGCAAAUAAUGUCAUCAACAGUAAUGAGAAUAAUCAUAAAACUACUGAUACAAUUCCCCAGUUGUCUUCUCCAACUUUAUCUAAACAAUCUUUUAAUUCUGUCAGUAAUUUAUCAAAAGAAGAACUAACUAUUCAGUCAAUAAUUAAAACAAAUUUAAAAGAAUCAUUCUUUCCAAAAUCAUCUCAAUCAAUCCUAAUGAAUGAUUUAACUUUACUGCCAAAUGUAAUUUCUUCUCCACCAACAACAUCAUCAUCAUCAUCUCCUUUAUUUUCAUUUACAAAUUCUACACCUAUUGAGUCGAAUUCAGAGGAACAAUUACAAAUUUUAUUAAAAUUACACAAUUUAUUCGGUAUAACUAGUACAAAUAAAUCUAUUUUAAAUAAUAUAAACUUAACAAAUUCUAUACCAGUAGAGAAUAGUCUGAAUGAUCGAUUUUUUCUCAAUAAUAUUGUCACAAAUUCAAAUUCAAGUACACUAGGACAAAAUAAUGCUGAAGUUAUUGUACCAUUGAAUUCAUCUUACAUGAUGUCUAUAAUGAUGAAUCAUAUUUUAAAUAAAGAACCAUUGGAAGAUUUAAAUUUCGCGGUUCCACCAUCUUCUUUAUAUUAUCAACCUUAUUUACCAUAUUCACAUCAUCAAACGUCUGCUGAACAACAGCAACAACAGCCACAGUCAAAACAGCAUGAACCACAACAGUUACGUCAUCAACAAUUGAAUGAAUUGAAUUCAUCAGAACUAACAGAAUUAAGUCGAAAUCGUUUGAUAGCGAAUUUUUUGAAAUCACGUUUUUUAUGGGAUAGUAAUAAUAAUUGUGAACAAAAUAUUUUUCAUGAUUUCAAUGAAAUCGCUAAUAAAUUUGAUCAUUCAAAUAUAACGUUGAGUAAUUAUGAUAAUUUUAUCAAGAAUUCAUUAAGUCAUAAUGUUUUGCUCACAUCCGAUAGCAGAAAACCAAAACGAAUACGUACAGCUUUUUCACCAGCUCAACUAUUUCAGUUAGAAAGUGCAUUUGAAAAAAAUCACUAUGUUAUUGGACAAGAACGUAAAGAUUUAGCGACUGAUUUAAAUUUAACUGAAACUCAAGUAAAAGUAUGGUUUCAAAAUCGUCGAACAAAAUACAAACGUUUACGUACAGAUGGUAAAGAUGUGUUAAGCGACUCCAAUUCCAAAGAUCAACGAUCAUUAUCCGAUGGCGAGGUGGAUGAAGAUAGUGAUGACGAUGACAACGAUGAGGAUGGCGAUGAUAACAACCACAUAAAUAAUCAUUCACAUAACAGGGAAUUUGACAAAGAACAGAAAGACGAUCAUUUUUCAAUGGAAUCCAUUCACCAGAAUCAAGCGAAUUCAAAAUUCAACAAUGAACCGUUUCAAAAACAGUCAAUUUCAGAAUCGUCUAAAGGAAUCCAUGUCAAUACCUCUUCAAUAUACAGUCCAUAUUUGAUUACAGAAAAUCAACAAUUCCAUACUUCAAAAGAAUGUCAACCAUUGCUUUAUAAUUCAAAGUCAAACCCUAUUUUAGGAGGUCAAAAUACUACUACUAAUAAUAAUAGUAAUAAUAAUAAUAACGAUAAUUUAGCUGAAAAAUCUAAAUUUAAAACGGAUUACACAAACUACACUUGGAAUUCAUUUAAACAAUCACAAGAGCAUGUAACAACAGAUAUUGAAAUUGAACAACAACAACAACAUCAACAACAGCAACAACAGGAACAACAACAAACGUCUAUUUUACAUUCCUCACAACAUUUAAUUCAUUCACUUGUUGGGCAUAUUAAUCAAAAUUUACAAAAUCAUUUACAACAUUCUUGUAGACAAACAUUAUAA